AUGGAUCAAAGCUACAGCAAUGGAAGCAGCAACUCGCUUGAGAUUUCGAGUGUUCCCCAGUGUGGUUGUCGUUUGCCAAUGAAGAUGUGGGUAGCAAAUACAAUGCAAAAUAGAAAUCGGAAGUUUUGGAAGUGUCGUUUGGCUGGGGGUCUUAAUUCUUGUGACUUGUUUUUAUGGGACGAUGAAUUUGCCACAGCCAUGGGUGAAAGUACAAAGAGUGAAAAUCGUGACUGCAAGAAAUGUAAUGUUGCAUUGGUGAAGUUGGAAAUAACAGUGAAAAAGCUUGAAAAAACAAAGUUGAAAGUUACCAUAAUGCAGAAGAAGAUGUAUCAGAUGAAAAUGGUCUUCAUGUUUUGCUUGAUCAUGUUUGCAGUGAUUUUGAAGUUCAAGAUUUAG